UGUAACAAGUUAUGAAUAACAAAGUAUUCUUACCAAGUGAGCAUUCUGUUCAAGAAGGACACAAUGAGAACUGCUCUGAACUAAUUUUAAGAUUAACAGGUGUAUUUUUGCAAUUUUCCAAUCAGUCGGGUGCUUCUUGGAGAAUAAUAAUUAAAAUCCAUGGAACUGAAGUUUAUAUGUGUAUAGUCUUGCAACAAGUCCUUGUGACCCCUUCUCCCUAUAUACUGUACCUCACAUCCUUUGGUGAAAGAUGGGGGAGUCUAGGACUUAAUGUAAAACAAUUGUAUUUCUUCAAGUCUGUUGUAUUUG